CAACGGAAGCCAUACAAAAAAAAAAACCAAGCUUCAGAGUCUCCGUAGAAUUCAUCGCUCGUUGGCCUUGUCCAAGCAGCAGCAGCUCUCGUUGCGGUGCGAACAAAGUAAAAGAAAACAAAACACAGUCCAUAAUUAUCAAGAAACCCGUUGAUACAAGAGGCCAUCAGUUAUCCCAAAGCGCCCACAAGUUUAAUGCCAACUAGUUUGCGUGCAUCAUCUCCUCUCUCCUCCGCUGACCUCUCCUCUUUCUGAACUUUGGCCGUGUUUCUAGUUCCUUCGCUGUUCUAGAUCCUUCUUCUUGCUGACCUCUUGUUUAUAUUUGCCCUGGUUUUGAAGCUUCUCUUGUCUGGCGAUUGAAUCGAAGAGGAUAGGAGGUUGUUCUUGGAAACAGACGUCUUGGCCGCUCUGCAAGCAGAAGGAAGAAGACGACACGACACGGCAGUAGAGCGGAUACAUGGAGGAGGAACCGAGCGGAACGUGUAGGUACUUUUGCUACAGGUGCUCGCUGAUCGUGAGGCCGGAGGUGGGCAUCGAGGAGGUGCAGUGCCCCCACUGCCACUCUGGGUUCGUGGAGGAGAUGGCCGGCGCCGAGGACGAUGGCCGGCGAAGCGGAAACGCCGUCGGAGGCCGCCGCGCUGCCGGUGAGGAGAACGCCGACGACGAUGCGACGCGGGCUCUGCCUCCUUGGGCGCCUAUGCUCAUAGACCUCCUUGGUGUCUCGUCCCGACGCCACGGCCUCGACGACGACGGCAGCGGUGACCUCGCGGCCUUCGCGCGGAGGCAGUACCGCAACAUCGCAUUGCUGCAGCUGCUCAGCGCGCUCCAGGACGACGACGAAGCCGGCGGCGGCGACACGCCCACCAACUCGGGGCGCGAGCAGGUCGUGUUGGUUAGCUCCGCGGACGCGCGAGCCAUGCUCACGGACGGCAAUGGCGCCGGCGUCGCCGCGGCGUCAGGCUUCACGCUCGGGGACCUGUUCCUCGGCCCCGGGCUGGACCUGCUGCUGGAUUACCUGGCCGACGCCGACCCGAACCGCCAGGGCACGCCGCCGGCCAAGAAGGAGGCCGUGGCCGCGCUGCCGACGGUCCGCGUACACGACGCUGCCGCGACGUGCCCGGUGUGCCUCGACGAGUUCGAGGCCGGCGGCGAGGCGAGGGAAAUGCCGUGCAAGCACAGGUUCCACGACGGAUGCAUCCUGCCGUGGCUGGAGGCGCACAGCUCCUGCCCCGUGUGCAGGUAUCAGCUGCCCACGGACGAGCCCACCGCCGGCAACGCCAUUGCAGCCGAGGGAGGCGGCGGCGAGCUCAUUGGCAAUGCACGCGGCGGUGGCGAUGGAGAAAGCAGCGGCAGGAGGCGCUGGCUCUCGUGGCCUUUUGGCGGGUUAUUCUCGCACAGAUCGAGCGGGAGCUCCUCGUCGUCGUGAUGGCAAAAGGCAGCGAAGGAAAGAACGCUGAUUAGCCCAGUUGUCUACUUGCACUUGAAAUAUGCAAUUCUUGUAUAGCUGCCCUUGUUCUUUGGUAAAAGAAAAGUGUUUUUUUUGGGGUGAUUAAGGUGAAAGAUGAUGCAUUUAAUCAUCUGUGAUAAAAAAAACUGUCAUAAACCGGUUUAAGAACUUGAGUUAGGGACUGUCUAGAUCCAUUUGAAAUAACAAAUGGCAAAUGACAAAAGUUUUGGUGACAAAAAUUUUAACAUUGUAUUUUUUUAACUUGUGUUUAGAGGCAUGCGAAAUUUGUUAUUUUUUGGUAAAAGUGAGAGAUGGUCCGUAUCCCUAUGCGUUUUUUGACGAAAUUUGCUACUCUAG